AUGCGUCAACUGCACGGGCGCCCAAACGGCCUGCAGCGAGCGCACGUCGACAAAGAUUCCCUUGUCAACGUUUCUCUCGCGUCAGUCAAAGAUCCAUACAAGGUCCUAGGUGUGGGCAAGUCUGCUUCCGCCUCCGAGAUUAAGAAAGCCUACUACGGCCUGGCAAAGAAGUACCACCCUGACACGAACAAGGACCCGACCGCGAAGGACCAAUUUGCUGAGAUCCAGACGGCCUACGAGCUCCUAUCGGACCCCAAGAAGAAGGAGCAAUAUGACCAAUUCGGUGCUGCUGGCUUCGACCCAAAUGCAGGACCAGGACCCGGCGGCGACCCAUUUGGUGGAGCAGGCAAUCCUUUUGCUGGCUUUGGAGGGCAAGGUGGCUUCGGAGCCAACUUCAACUUUGAAGAUCUCUUCUCGGCUUUCGCUGGCGGCCAAGGAGGCAAUCCAUUCGGCGGCGGCGGCCGUAGAGGCGCUCGGAAUCCGUUCCAGCAAGAGAUUUUGGUUGGCGACAAUAUUGAAGUUCAGACAAACAUCUCCUUUAUGGAAGCGGCCAAGGGCACCAGCAAGACGAUCACUAUCACCCCUCUUGUGACGUGUAAGACUUGUACCGGUAGCGGACUGAAGGCGGGCACGCAACGGUCACAGUGCAAGACAUGUGGUGGCACGGGAACACGAGUCCAUUUCCUCUCUGGUGGCUUCCAGAUGGCUUCAACAUGUAACACUUGUGGAGGUACUGGAGCCUCGAUACCUAAAGGGUCGGAGUGCAAGUCAUGUCACGGUGAUGGUGUGACAAGGGAGCGCAAGACUCUGACGAUAGACAUCCCUGGCGGUAUCGAAGAUGGCAUGCGAUUACGAGUGGACGGCGAGGGAGACGCGCCGGUGACUGGCAAAGCGGCAGACCCUAAUAUCCGAGGAACUCGUGGAGACCUGUUUGUCUUUGUCCGGGUCGCAUCAGACCCGAAAUUCAGUCGCUCCGGCUCCGAUAUUCUCUAUACGGCCUCGAUUCCGUUAACAACGGCUUUGCUAGGUGGUGAGGUCAGCGUGCCGACUCUAGAUGGCCAGGUGAACGUGAAAGUUGCAACGGGCACUGGCACUGGCGAGAAGAUGACGCUCGCUGGCAAGGGAAUGAAGAAGCUCAGUGGCCGUAGAGGUGGAUCGGGAGACCUCAGGGUUGAGUUCCGUGUUCAGAUGCCCAAGUAUCUCACGGCCAACCAAAGGAUGAUUGCGGAGAUGCUUGCCGACGAACUUGGAGACAAGACGGCAAAGCGAAUCAUGAAUAUCCGGACACCAGAGUAG